GACCGCGAGCCCGAGUCCAAGUGCUACGUGAACGGCGCAACGUUUGAGGUUAAUGACGCUGAGACCGAUUCCAAGAAGUGCCAGUAUGCUGUCUCGAGGCAUGAACACAACGACAUGACGAGAGUGCUAUGCCAUAGAAAGACGAAUAUCGACGUCUGGGCCGAUGCAGUUGACCUGAGAAGCAGCUGCAAGACUUGUACCGGCGACUGCAAAUGUUUCAUGGUGCUGUUUCACUACACGGGGAAGCUUGCGUUUAGCUCCAUCACCUCUGCUCAUCAGAAGUUUCACGAGCUGCGGUGUUCAUAUGGUCACGACCGCGCCCACUUCGGAGACGGCCUGUAUGCCAGCCAAUAUGCACCCGAACACUUCGGUAGCAAACUGCGCGUGGCUUUGAACAACUAUGGCAGUUGUGACACGGACGCUUUCGAUACAGAGCCCCUCUGCUGCGCCAAUUAUUGGGAGGACAUCCGCACAAAGUGGGCAGAGGCUGCUGACUUCUGCAUUCCGAUCCUUGUCCCGAAGGGGCUGCGGCGUGAUUUCCAGAAAGAAGAUUACGACUACGAAGAUGAAACAGGAAAGUGUAAAAUUGAAGCAGGUCGCAACCUCAAGGGCGUGAAACAGCACGAGAAUAGAGAUGUCUGGAUUAUUGAGCCUCCGGACAAAGACAUGGAUCCCGAGCGUAGACAGAAACACUGGAAGUCGGAUACAGAGCAACGUCUGAAGCUCUUGGAGAUGCGUCAGAAGGACGGAAAUCUGGAGGGGAGCUAUGAAAGCAAGGAGGAGGCGAAGAAGGUCUUGAAAGACCACGGAGUCACGGGCGGUGCAGAUUCCGGCUCAAUGCUGAAGAGCUUAGAUCAUGCAAGCUGGCGGCACAAGGCACUGGACAAGCACUUCAAGCUCUUCUACGACUCAUGGAAGCAGGGCGACUUGGCGGUGGCGCAGAACAGGCUGGCUGAGUUUGAGUCGCUUUUGGAGCGGUUGCCCCUGAAGGAGAAAGACCACGACCGAUACACUCUGAAGACCUACCAAGCAGCAGUCUUCUCCGAUCAGGGCAACAUGGAGAAAGCGGAGGAACUCUUGGAAGAGGUCCUGAAAUACCGCAAGAAAACCCGGGGUGAAGCACAUAUGGAGACGCUGGCCUGCCACGACCUGCUUGCAAAGCUCUUCUUGAACUGGCGAAAAUUUGAAAAAGCUGAGAAGCAUGCCCAAGAGGCCUUGAAUGGCAGAGAGGGUCCAGAUCCAGAUAAGAACAGCGACAAUCUGCAUGUGCUGCGGAGCCGCAGCUUUCUGCAAGAGAUCCUCAUUGAGAAAGCGCAGUCGGAAGAGUCUCCUUUAUCCGAGGACGUUUUCGAGAAGGCCUUCACGACCAUGCAGGACUGUGCCACAAAGAUGCUGCCUGAAGAGGUCCUGCGCGAGCCAGAGUUCGCGGAGUCUGGCUACGAAGAUCACAGAGCUGCCUUGGCGAUGUGGAACAACGCGGCAUGCGUGGCGAGGCGCUUCGCAGCGCUGCUUAAGGUCAACGGAGAAAAGAAGAAGCUGAUGCUGCAGCGAGCGGAUACCAUUUACGCACUACUGUAUGAAGCAUCAAAGCAGCCCGGCAGCUGGGAUCAUGCCGUGCAUCAUGCUCGCAUUGCGAGCAACUGGGCCCUUGUGCUCGAUCUCCGCAAGAGCACAGAGAAGAAUCCCGAGAAAGUGUUGGAGAAAGCGAUCAAGACGAUCGAGGGAAGAAUCAAAACAUUAGCAGACCCCGACACCCA